GUUCGAAUUCCUCCUUCAUUUUCCUAAUUAUGUUCAUAGAGGACAUCGGCUGAUGUCCCUGUUCCUAUAAUGAUACUUCGGUCAGAUGUGGUUAUGUAGCCCCACUUGAAGUAAACGAACCCCCGCCACCUGUAAUACGGGACCGGUGGUAAUAGGGGAUUUUGCAUGUGGGGCCGGGGAACGCACAGGCGACGAGGUCAAGUAGUUGUAUGCAAAAGAAAAGCUAUUUGGAAUGCGCGGUUGUGCUUUGAGUGGUUGAGAAAUAGUUGCCUUAACUCUUACCCCAACCCUAACAGUAUUGUGUCCAUCAGGCGGGGCUACAUAACCACAUCUUACCGAUGCUUUUUCGUGUAUGACGGAUAAAAUCAUCUUGGUUUCUUGUGGACCGUCUUUGAUCCAGCCUGCUUAUUUCUCGGCACGGCUUUGUCAUUAGUAAUCCACCACAGAGUGACCUUACUAAAAUUGAAAACACGUGUUGUCGACUCAAACCGCAACCCUUCCGCUACUAAUUUCCGUAUCCGUUUGUAGUCCACUGCAGAUUGAAACGGUUUUGACAUCUUUAUCGCACGAACGACGUCACACAGAACAGUGACAGCAUCUCGCGAAUGCUAAAUAUAUAUUUGUUUACGCCUAGUAAUUCUCAGUGUCGUAAGACAAACGACUGUCAAACAAGUUUAUAGCACAUUUUAUGACACAAGACGCCGCAAAUUUGAAAAACAGACUUUGUACCGAAAUUGGCCCCCAUCUCUUGAAAAUAAUGCGGUUCCCCGCACUUGCCGUUACUUGAUUUUCAUCAAUACAAAGUCCGAUUUUCCGUUUUCAGGUUGAUUUAUGUCAAACGUUUCCUGCUUCUAUUAAUGUCCUUUUAUAGCUCAACGUGCAUAAACAAGAGGUUUUUUCCUGUUACAUUCAGUAGCGUGAGAAAUUGCCUAGAUAUCAAGAAACGUCGGAUUUCUCCCUAAUUUGUCCUUGUUUCCUUUCUUAAAACAGAUUUGCAAUAAAUUUUUCUGGCAAACAGCCUUCUGCGCUUCAAUUCAAUGCAACAAGCAAAAGUAGUAACACCAAAUGUAUUCCAUCCUACCCACUCAAAUUUUGAUCACGACGUUUCAAGUGUUAGGCCAUUUGCUGUAACUAUCGUGACGCCCCCGCUCAUCCUCAUUCGACUUUCAGCAGUUCGCAUACCAUACUUCAUAGGCUUCGUUACCUGUAGGACACGGGAAUAAAUGUCCCCUAAAUAUUACAGGUAGCGUCGCGCUAAGUUCCAGGGGAGGAAAGCUUAGGGAUAUAGGUGGGUCAGUAUUAGGGUUGCGGUCAAAGUUUAGACAUGGGAAUAGUUACCCCUUAGAAUUUCGCGCAAGGCCAUAUACAGUACGGGGCUAUUUCGUCCAACUGCGUUAACUACUGUACAUGCAGAGAUUGCACCGUUCGACCUUGAUAAGCUUAUUCCUGAAAUGCACAAGUCGUGUGUUCUAUUUCAUCACUGAAAAUGUCUCCUUUUCACUCCCCGUCUCGCAGACUGCGAAGGCGUUGAUCUCUCCGAGAAACGGUGCCCAGAUCCAAAUACGAUCACUAGUCUGAUCAAAUCUUUUCUUCGACAACUGCCCAUUCCUCUGAUCACCUACGAGACCUAUCCCGAAUUUAUCGAGGCUGUCCGUAAGUCGUAUUCUCCUGACUAAAGACAAUUACUCGUGAAUUCAAUCAAGCCUUUGCUUUUGUUAGUUUCUGCAGCCUCCUCCCUCUUUUUUUAGUCUUUUUGGAUAAUCGGUAUGCCUCAUAGCCGGCAUUUUUCAACUGUUUCUUAAUCAUUUUUCACUGGUCUGUGACCUUCGGUGAAUCCCUUUCAGAAAAACAUUUCCAAACUCGGGCUCGACAGAAGUCAAAACUGUUACUUGAACCAUGGAAGUAACCUUGUCGAAAGGGAAUAAUCCAGUUGCUGCAGGUUCUCACAGCAUCCGGCUGAUAAGAUAGUAGGGCUGUUAUUUACAGAAUAAAGAAAGGGACAUAUGAGAGUAGUUUUUCGCUAUUGGCCAUCAAUAAAGAUCGUUACUGCCCAUGAACGGACACAGUGAUGCCUUGCGCAUCAGGUUUUUAUGUUGAAGCGGACUUGUGUGGUAUUUAUCUCGCUCUUUAUCCCUAUCCCUGCAUGGUACUGGUGACAAGACACUAAGGACACACAUGUCAAGGUUUAAGCUCCCCCGACGCGUCCCUAACUCUGUACGUGUCUCGGAUCACCCAGGAGUUAUAGUUUCAUAAAGGCCACCACAAUCUGAUCCUCAGUCCCGGGUAAGACUGAAGUACAUCAUCGGUUGGAGGGCUUUCAGACCGCGGCUGUUAUUGUGCCGUGACAGUGAGCAGGCGCUCUUUAACACCCAUAGUGAGGAAACUGGGCGCUACAUCGGAGCUGACUUGAUUCCACUUUAUCUUCCCCCUUUCACACCAGCUUGGAAAUAAGCUCAGACGCCGUGACCGAUGUGGUGUUUACCGCGCCUCACACAGUCAUUGACACAGCCAAUGCGUCGUCCGUUACCGCCGACGUUGAAAAACUCGCUGUUACGUAGCGGGCGAGUCCAGCUGCGUUUGAACCGUGUGGCAGACAUUGCACCGACCCCACUCGUCUUCAAGUGUCGUCUUUGGAAGUGUUUAGGCUCGGCCACUGGUGUAAGUCGUAUACCAAGGCGUGUCAUCGAUAUCCGUCUUGGUGAAAUCCACCGUUCACUCACCUUCCAGCAACGAAGGAAUUUUGACGAAAGCAAUCCUGACACCCUUUGCGCCGCCACAUCGUGUUCUGCUUACCAGAUAACCUCAAUUCCUUCCGGUGUUACUAAAUCGCAGCAGAAAACGUUUCCCACCUUCAGUACCGACGUGCACCAUCACUACUAACCUCAGCUCGUUCUGGGGGUACCUUCCAACAUCACUAAACCUGGUAUUACACGGAGCUUUGUUCAGUCGCGGUCCAGAGAGUUUCCGUCUUCCUCGGAGGUUAGUUUAUCAGGAUGAGAAAGCAAAAGCAGUUGCAUUCCCCUUUCAGACCUUAUGCCCGCGUUAUCCCCUCCUGUGUCAGAAGCCACCCUAAACGGCCGCUGUGCGGUUUGUUUACACAAUAGAAAAGACAUUGUUAGAUCGGACUGCAAGGUCUCGCCUGCGCCCGUGUCUGUCCUCGUGCGCAUGCCUGGGGGUAUGAGACAUUCUAGGGCACAGUCAGACAACCCUACACCUUCUGUCAUGCGAAAGUAGCCCCUCCAGGAGUAGCCGUCAUCUCUCGAAUUUCGUUUUCACGGCGUUCAAAACCUCCUCAUCAUACAUAAUUCAGACGCCCGGAAUAUAAGCCCAGAAUUAACACAGUCCUGGCAGUGGUAGUAGUAGUAGCAGCAGCGUCAGCGUGCAUGGCAGGGAGCUUUAGGAUAUGAAAAGAUUCUAUCUUUUCGCGCAUGACCUAAUUUUAGUUUUAUCGCUCUCCCCGUUGGAUUUGCCCCAGCGUCCUUACUUCGUCUCUGUGCUUUUUCGAAGUGGAGCCGCUUGUCACAGGGUUUUUUAAGCCAGGUUUUUUUUUACUUUCAUACCGUCCAGGCAAUGACGAACUCUCGGAAGAGGAGAGGCUCCAUCUUCUUAGGGAGACCAUCCAACGGUUGCCCCCUGCACACUACCACAGCCUUCGUUACCUCAUGGGUCAUCUCAACAGGUGAAUCCUUGUUACGUUGUCCUCUGUUCUCUUUUAAUGCACCCGCCUACAAAUUUUCAGGUGCCCUCCUCAUCGUGGUCGACUGUGCUAUUUAUCUAGGAAUGCAGUGCCAGAGGCUGGCGUAUGGCACACAUUAGACGGAAGCUUGUCACACCAACCACUGCACCCGAUCAAAUGUCUAGUCUGCAUCUCUCUAACCUGUCGCCAGUAUGAGAAGGGUAGGAUAGGAUGUGGUCAUUGCAGCCCUGACCCAGCGCUCAGUUCCCUCGCUGAUAGAUAAUCAAACACGUUUUCUGACUGUCAUGAUACGCUAACAGACAUGACUUGAAGCCUGUCAACUGUUGAUAUAACUUGGUCUCAUUCAGUCCAGGCCAUGGUGACUCCUUGAUGAGGUCUGUGUGGCAGCUUUCCCUAGUAGAAACUUCAAGGCCUUUUUGUUUAAAGUCCUGUUAGUGCGUCCGCAGCAACCUGUAUGUGACCUUCGUAGUCUUAAAUUCCGUCUCGUCAACUCACACCCAGCUUUAAUCGUCUUGACUCGCUGACAGAGGAAGAGAGAGAGAGAGGUAAAUGCGGCGCAAGUCUGCAUUACAAUAAACAAAUUAACACUCCAGUCACAACUCUGUGCCCUCCAGUGCAGUGGGAGUUAUGGUCGCGUGCGACGGAGGUAUUUAUGGCGCCAGGGGCGGGCGGGAGAUUCUGGAACAAAUGCUGGUUUAUUGUUCUAUGCUUUUCCCCUAAGACGCCAGAUGCCACCGUUCUCUCUGUCAGAGUCAUAAGCUAAGAGCCUGCUUUGGAAAAGUGCACUACGGUGAAGAUUGCUCUGUAAAACACUGGUCAGGGCUGAAAACAGGUGCGUUCAGAAAAACAGCCUGACAGGCCUGAGUGGUAGGAGGUGGGAAUAUGAACCUUUCGUAUUACAUGUGACCUUACGCUAAAUUCCAAAUGGGGGUUGAUGUUAGGGUUGGCGUUAGAACACAGGAAUGGGAACCCCCGAAAUUUAACACAAGUCUACGUGUAGUACGCGGGGUGUCCGUAUUCCCGUGUGUCCGACCGCCUGAACUACUACUGAGGGGAAAGAAGAGGAAUCUACAAGACAGGAGGCGCCGUCGCUCAUCUGCGCGGCACGCUCUGUGCUCCAGCUCCUAAGAUCCCGUGGUUAUAUCUCUCCAUCUCCUCGCUCUUUGUGCUCGAAUUGUCCUUUUACUCACGCCUAAUUGCCCCUCCCCUAUCAGCCCCAGCCUGCAGUUUCACCGACGGCUGACGGGCGGGCUUGGGGUAGUUAAGUGCCAAACUAUGGUUGGCUUUCCGCGGCCGGUUGGUGCAGAUGGACUGGCCGAACCAAAAUGAAGUGGCUGACUGUGGUCGGGUUGGCGCUGUCCCCCUUUUCCCCUGUCUUUGUGUGGACCAGCACCCCUUCCCACCCCCUCGAAAGACCUGCCCUUUGGUUUUUUGGGGUAGUGGAUUGGUAACUAGUAGGCGGCUUAGGGGGAAGGAAGAAUUUGUUGGGAAGGUGUGAGUGGCAAUCAUAGCGGUGUGCGUCCUGUCGCGCCGUCUUCGCCUUCGCAGUUUAUCCCUGGUACCCCCCUCCCCGUUUUCCCUCCUCUCUCAUGCCGGCAUCGGAGAGUCGCAACCAGUUUGUCCUUAUUUUACUGCGGUGAACUUCGACGCGACCUUUGCCCUGCCGAGCUUUAGAGGGCAAAAUUCGCACAAGUCCUGUGCCUCUUGCCUUUUUAGGAAGAGAAAUCUGAGAAAAAUAGUGUUGGUUAGUGUUAAGUAAAAAUAAUUCUGUGCGAAAACCGGAAAUAUUGGAACUGGAUGUAUUACAGGCAGAUAAACAUGGUACUAUUAUAAUAUAUCGGUGCAAGACCGUGAGUCCGCUUUAGAAACUAUAGGAAAGGGUGUCAAAUUAGUACUAAUGAGCAUUCAGAGAUCACUGAAGCAACGUUUGAGGCAUUUACAAUUGAGCGGUUGGACAGGAAUUGCGCGUUGCCUGUUUAUUGUUUAAAAGUGCUCAGUUCUUACAUUGCAAGCUUGACCUGAUAUUUAACCCAUUUCGCUAAUGUUGAUUGUAUUUUGAACCAAAACGACCGCUCUCUCUAUUCACACAUGAACAUGCCUCUGCUUUAACGUAGGGAACGGAGUACUUGGUCCACUAAAACUGAAAUUCCCUUUUUGUUUCUUCGUGCUAAUUAAUAGCGCCAUUUGCUGGCAAAGCCCAUAUCCCCAUGAAAGAAGUAGUCAUCAAAAGUAUUCAGUCCAGCGGUGGUGAAAUCGUCGAUUUUCGUUCGUGUUCAGCCUUGCUAUUCAAGGACUUCGCCUGACAAUCCCUGCUUCAACUAAGAGGUUAUCCAACCACACACCGGUCACAGCGACAGUCACGCUUCCCUUGAUCUGCUUUAUUUUCGCGAUUUUCUGUUGUACCUAAAUAAAAAAUAGGGGUUCGGUCAAACACCGUCAGUUUUGAUUAUUCAUUUUCCGAAGCUUGGACUUAAAGUAAUUAAUUUUGUCCUUUUGAAACGUUUGUACACAGCCUCAGGAUCCGUCCUGCAGCCGUUGUUUACCACAAAGAACCUACACCUAUCUUCGAUCACAAUUGCCUAGCUAGUUUCGGUUGCGUCGACGCAUCCGACUUAGACCCCGACCGCAUGCAGGCGGAGUACGAAUCUCUCUCUCUCUCACACACACACACUCACUCUCUCUCUCACCUGGUUUCACUUUUCAGUGACUAUGGCCGUUGCGCCCGGCAGUUCCGUUGGGCCGCGGACGGGAGCUGGGCGCAUCAAAAGGGAAUGACCUCAUUUGGCGGCUAGGCCCUCAGCUCCAUCAAGGCGACUACCCCCCCCCCCCCCCCCCCCCCAAUUAGCACCUUAUGCACCCUCAUGCCACGAGCUGUAGUUACAGGAAGUCAGUUCAUCUACCAGUUCAGACCAAACUAUGGCUGACAAUGACGCUUUCGGUUGUCGGCAGUCUGUUGCUCCUACAUCUACGCAACCCCGAUGAAGCAGAUCUCACAGGUCUCAUCGAGGCUUUUUCGGUCCGCUUGCGAAAAGACGUCGCCUAACUGAAAGAGAUUGUCUUGACAAAAUUACACCUCUCCUUACCCCCCUCCCAACGUGCGUCCAAAAAUUAGGCGCUUUUAGUAGUCUUUGAGGAGAGCAGUAGACACGUGCAGCCACGCGUAAACAGUUACAGUGUUGCCUGCCAAACCAUCUCGGGAUAAUUGAGCCAAGUGCAACAGGCAGUUGUCAAGUCAACGCCUCCCGCUACUAAUGCAUGCCCCCCCCCCUCGUUGUCCAGUGCUUUUAGUGCACUGUGCAUUACUGUGGCCUAAUCCAAAUGCUAACCGCUUUGCCUCCCACUCAUGCACCGAUCCACCUACCUGAGGUGAAGUAACCGAAAUAUAACUUUUAAGAAGCUAAACUGACGGUUGUUUCUAACCUCGCAGCAUUCUGUCAUCCUCAGUGCAGCCAAAGUGCAACUGGUCAGUUUGUGUUCAGAAUGCGGACUACAGGUUGUGGGAUUGGUCGGUCCCUUGUUCUCACUGGUUUCCAUAAAGUCUCUCAGACGUGCAGAUGGCCAGAUUGUUCAGUGUGAUUAUCUAGCAUAAAAUCAAGCUUUUCUUGCAUUGAAAUAUUCUUCCUUGUCUUCUGCCAAUGUCUUCUGACAAGUGCGAGAAGAUUUUAGAUGGGAUUGAGAUCCGGGCUGUUGGCAGGGAUAAACAUCGACUGGAGGCCAAAUUCGGAGAGGCUGGUUGUUGUCUAAAAAGUCAGAUUACGGUUGAAAACGUUAUUAGAUUCAUGCUUCUCUAGAACAAUGAAUAGGAGCAUUAUCCUGUAGAAUUAUGGCAUCCAUUGGGCAUCAGGCAAUGCCGUCGCAGCUGAAGACAUCCUUCACAAUUUUGACGAACACCUUGCUGUCGAUGGUGUCCGUAGUCAACCACAAGACUGACCGCUCUCCGAAUUUAAUAGGCACCAAAGCCAUUGACUGUCGACAGUUCUUAAAUGUUGUCGUCGGUGCAGUAUUCCCUUUUGGGAAGUUCCUUCCACAAAUGACCAUCAGGGUUCCUUAACCCUAACCUCAACCGUUACCGUUAACCGUUAGCCCCAACGACAACCCUAACCCUAGCCAAAAUCGUAAACGUAACCGUAGCCCUUAGACAUAGCCGUAACUGAGAAACCUAACCGUAAUACUGGAACCUAGUCGUAUGCUCAAACCCUAAAACCUAAGCCUAAAGGCAUAACCCUAACCGGGAAAUCGGAAACCAUUACCCGGUAUCCUAAUCCUAACCUCAAACGUAAAAUGGAAGCCAAAUGUGUCAGAUGUGAUUAUGGAGCCCCACAAAAUAACCCCAGUAAACAAGCCCCCCAGCUAACUGUAAUGCGGGUCCGGGCAACCAACUGGUAUCUAGCCUGUUUUUCUUUAAUAAAACUGACUUGAAAUGAGUCCCUCUCAAGUAAAUGGCUUUCUGUGCCUUAAAUCACUUCAAUAAACAACAAUACCACAUAUAUGACAUACUUCUCACUUAAAUUCCGACCACGACACUUCAUGAGUUCGAUCACCUGCUGUAACUGUGACCUGGCCGUGAGAUCAUUUUAACACGGCAAGACAGCAAUCUUACUUGCCUUGCCUGAACAAGCAUAUUGCCUGGGCUCCUGCGGGCAGCUGAGCGUUCGUGCCCCACUGUAUUGCCUAAAUGAUCUUUUUUCUGAACCUAUCCCUUUUGAGCCCGUGCUGAAGGACAGGCCGGUGUGGUUUCCGUGUUUUAGUCGGACACUCAUUUUGAGUAGCAUAUUUAGACACGCGCACUCACAAGCUAGUUACAGUAGGUGGGCUAACUCGUGAAAUGUCAACUGAAAUUCCGAAAUGCGUUUUCACUUCGAAAAGAUUAAUUAAGUAGGGUUGUAAAACUAAUCAGCCUGCCGUAUAAUUCUACAAUAAUUCAAUUACCUCAGGAUGCCGGCUUUCGAACUCCCUUCCGGCUGCAUAAAAAACAUUACUCUGUAAGAAAUGACUAUUUAAGUAGCAUGCAUUCUCUCAUUGAUUUUCGAUGCCCCUAAAAGUCGUAUUAUAUUUCAUGGAAAACAUUCAUAAAAUGUUCAUUCUUGCGCUCAUUUGGUAGAAGAUUACGUCUUUCACUCUUAUACUCGAAUGAAGGGCAUAAUUCGGUUUUGAAAAAAGUUUCUGAUUGUUAGACUUUUAAAUACCCUGAAAUGGCUGUUCAUAAAACGUCAUGUCUGUGCAUUUGCCAAUGUGGCUUAUAAAGGUAGCAAUACGGAUCAAAUCCAAUGCUAGAUUUUAUGAACCCCAUAUGGUCUCCUCUCAAUACCGUAGAGGAAUGUGUGGUUUUCCGCACGCAGGAAAUACAUGGCUUGUAGUUUGGAGAUCAUGAAUGUAAGUGUGACGACAGAACGGGUAACUGAAAUAUUGUAGAAUUAUGUUGCAGGCUGAUUAGCUUUACAACCCUAUUUAAUUAAUCUUUUCGAAGCGAAAACGCACUUCGGAAUUUCGGUUGACAUUUCAUAAGUUAGCUCACCUACUGUAUUAUUUUUUUGCAAUAGUUCGCCUCUCUUCUCGAUAAAAUCAAUGUAUUCGAUGUGUCCAUUGUGAAUUUAGCGUUCUGCCUUCCUCCGAAAUGUUUAGCUGUCUAACUUACGACAGCCCGACCGUCGUGACCGACGAUGCCCACCGCGUAUUCCAUAGCAAGCUGAGAGCAGACACGGUAGCUUGCUUGUGAACUAGUUUAUAAUGGUAAUAUAGUUACGCAGCAUCCACAGCACUCUCCUCCCCCACCUGGUUCCGAUGUCGACGCGUAGUCAAGAAGAUCCGGGGGGUGAUGGCGGGCGCAGGUGGAUGAUAAGGCGUAUAAACCUGCACCUAGGCGUACCUCCGCACCAUAGAGGCCACAUUAUGAAGGAGCCUUUGCAACCCGACUCUCAGAUCACCAGUCGGCCACCACACAAACACUUAUACUGGACCGACUGCAAGGUCAGAAAAAGGAGGAUGAUUGAGCAACCACGCACACGGCCUGUAUGCCCACCGGGAGCUCAAACUCAUCCACCGGUCGUGAAUCAGGCGCCAGAGAACUACCAGCGCACACCAGGCUGCGAGGGCCAUGGGUUUCUGAAGCGUGGCAUAGCAUGUACAUACAAUUCUUCGGCUGUCUAACUUGGUCAAAGACAACUUAGACACAUUGGUCGCUGCGGAUAAACUCCUUUGCUCUAUGAGAUUUUCCUUUGUUGGUCAAAAUUAGCCCCUGGGAUAAAACAGCAAAUGGAAAGUGGAUAUUUAGUCAAUAAACCCCCUGUUGCCAGAAUGUCAUCGAUGCCUGUGUCAGCUCUUAAUACGCGGAAGUGGAUAUCCAGUCUAACUAGACAAAGGAUGAUUGAUGUUUACGCCUUUACGAAAUUCUAAAGGGUUAAUACUGGCUAGUUGUUAGUUGAAUCUCCUCCGCGUGCUUAUUGCAUUUGGGAGCGGAAGUCUGACCAGUUAGUUCAGGAGGUUAACUCUCAGCGCCGAUAUGCAACCAUUGUGGUGAUGAGCGCCAGAGGUCCGCCCCAUUGCAGCAUCUGUCAAAUUCCAAUUUUUGUUCCAUAUUUAACACGGUUUCAUAGUUGUUUAAAAUGUAUGAUCCUCUUUCAAUUUCUUAACCUAUUUUUCCACGUUCUACCCAAUGGGGAACUGCGUAUUCAACCUCAAUGUCGUAUUCAUACACUUUCAGGGUCGCCCAAAACCACCGGAUGAACAUGAUGACUUCGGAGAACCUAGCCAUCGUAUUCACUCCCAGCCUCAUGAGUUCCUCCUUCACUGACCCAACCAGCUGUCUUGAGGGGGCUAAAUUUGAACAGGCCGUUGUGGAGCGCAUGAUAUCCGACUACGCGCGCCUCUUUGAGGAUUCCCCCACCACCACCACCUCCUCUUCUCCCUCGCCCUCCACCACUGGCACGCAUUCUCCCUCUGGCGAUCUGGUGGAUCUACAACGAAGCCCACAGCUUCUGCAGGAUCCUCGGCCUGCUUCGCCUGCACGUCGAUCCAGUGCAGUUGCACAGAAUUCCUAA